CCUUCUCCUCCUCCUACUCAUUGUCUCCGCCCCACCUCCCUCCUUCCUUCCCAGCUCUAGUGAUUCACCUUCUCCUCCUCCUUGUUCUCUCCGCCCACCUCCCUCCUGCCUUCCUAGCUCUAAGUGAUUCUCCACACACUACUUCUCAUCCCCUGUUUCCUCUGCUUUCUAGUUCGUUCGGGCACUCCCAAUGGAUUCUCAUGACACACACAACCAGCUUCCUACCAAAAACCCUCUGGUCUUUGCGGAGGGUUUCAAUCCUGAUCCUGGGAUUGAGAUCAAUAUGCAAGGUCUAUCCAUCCAAGAUCCACAAGUUAUACACAUCCAGGCUCACCAACAUCAUUCAGAUCAGGCCAAGGAAAGAGGUAGUGAUGCAGCUUACAACAUCUUGAUGAAGCUGGCUGUUACUGGAGGACAGCCAAGAACACUCUCUCUCAUCGUAGUUCAGCAAUCUAUGGCCAGAGCAUGGAGGGAGAACUAUCACGACAGCCAUGGAGUAUGGGAUCUGAUAAUUUUUUGGUCAAGUUCAUGGAUCCUAAAGAUCACAGUAAGGAUAUUCAGGAUUACAAGUUUGACACCAUUUUCAUUACUGUUUGUAUUUAUGGUGUCCCUGCUCGUUUCCGUUCUCAAGAACUGCUGCUAAAGAUUCUGACCACUUUGGGCGAAGUUUCAAAAUAUCAUCCUUUUGUUCAAGCCAUGCUUUCUGCAAAAACCUGAUUACAUGCGGGGUACUAUUAAGAUGUCUGUGGCCAAUCCUGUUAGAGAUAAGAUAUGGAUAUCUUUUCCCGAGGAUUUUGCAACCUGGGUCUAUUUGUACUAUGAGAAGAUUGGUAGGAUUUGCACCUUCUGUGGUCAGUUAUUUCAUAGCGUGCAACACUGUGACACUAGGAAUAAUCUGUUGAUUUCUAGACAGAGCCUAAACAUUCAGCUAGAUCAGAUUCCCGCGGUUAGAUUUGGUCAGUGGAUGAAAAAGAUUGAGCACAUCCCAGCUUCUAAUAGUGAACUCUCUUCUAAGAGUUCAGACUCUGCUUUCUCCCUUUUUCCAAUCCUCAGCUCAUCAGGUUACAGAAGCAGACACAACAAGGAAUGCAAAAUAAAGCCAAGACUAUUUUGGGUUCUGACACUAUUCCUCUUCAAACUCAAAAAAAUCAGUUGCCAAAUGUUACAAUGCAAAUCCACAGGAGAAAUCACUCAGGUUCGUUUUCAAAAGGGAUCCAAGGGCAGAGCCAACAGCUUGUUCAUCUUUCUCAUGCCCAUUGCACUACUAUUCACGCUCCACACUUGAUUCCAGCUAUGGUUGCUUCACCAAACACAGUUAUUGCAGAUGCAGAGACAAGGCGGUGCAUUUAUGUGGGAGACAAGGUAUUGAAAGUAUUGACUCUCCACUGCAGACGACUGUCUCCAAGUCGGUACCGGUUCAGGCGGGCGGAAAAAACUAGUCAGACCCAUCGACUGCGGGUGAGAUGGACAUUCUCAGACAAGUACAUGGGCCACAGCUGGGCCAAUAGCAGUACCAACCCACUCAGAUAUUGCAAGGACAGAAGGGUAAUUGCAUUCUUCACUUCACGGUCGCCUCUUCGUCUUCAACCCUGCAUACCUCUCAUCAGCAUGAACCACCAAACCCCAUUUCUUCCCCAAAUCUGCUCACUUUGCCUGCACAGUCUGCUCCUCUCAGUUCUCAAAACCCAGCUAUGCCUGCUCUCACUGCCACUAUGGAGAACAUUUUUCCAAUACAGAGAGGCACCACUAGUCUUUACCCUAGUCCUUUGUCCUCUCCAUCAUCCUCCUGGCGCAGACUCCCUUCUCCACCCAGGCUGUCUCCUAAACGGCCUAUUGCAGCCAUUCCGAUCCCCCAUUGCCGCUGUCGAAGUGACUGUAGUUGACUGGCCCUUCAGAUGCAGAUCCUCCCGCUCAGGAAGGCCCGGUGGUCUGCGGAGUUGCUGCGGGCUCAUUUUGAGCCCCCGUUUCGCCAUCACUCAAUCCCCUUGCUUGACCGGGCCUUCUCGGAGUGCCUCCACCUAGGAUCGCCCCUCUUGCUCCUGCCGCGGGCGCUCGAGCUAGGUCCUCUCCCUCUCGCCGAUCUGGAGACUCGACGGGAAGCGGUCCCCUUGCCGCCGAUUCCCCCUCUCAUCCCUCGUCAGUACCUCAACUUAUCCGCGAUCCAUCGGUCGAUAGGGGUCGCCGUCGAUCUAUAUCUUCUAGAUAGGAUGUUCCCCCAACUGGGAGAUCUGGAGGUAUGCGUGCCUCUGUCAACCACUUUCCUCGCUGUUGCUAUGGUGCCACCACUUGGCAUAGGGAUGUUGUAUCCAAUCUGAUGGUUAGUAGAAGUAUGUUGUGCGGAGCCAGCAGCAAAUUUGUGGCAAACUUGGAUGUCAAUGCCACUAUUAACCAAAUCAGCCUUACUGAGGAACAACGCAAGGAGGCAGCAACAAGCUAUGAUCCAUGGCCAAUUAGGACACCUUCGAACUCUCUCAGUUCAGAUGGGCCCUAUCUCUCCGCCUAGACAUGAUCGCUUCCAGUACAUGGGUUUGGAUGAUUGUCAUAGCCCAUAUGGCACCGCAGGUCAGGCCCUAGUGGAAAAUCAAGAUAACACUAGCUCCACUCACCAAGGUGUUCCGAUGGAUCUUCUCAUUGGUCAGCAAGCAGAUAACAAGGGGACUAGCAACAUGGAAAUUGGCAAUCAAGGAGAGGAUGGCAAGGAUAACUCGUUUUCUUGGGCAGCGGCGCAUGGCCCUAACGCGCCUCAUGUGACAUGAAGGCAAUAGCUUGGAACUGCCGAGGUAUGGGCAGGGGCCUUGGUAGUGAAAGAAUGUUAUACCUUGCUAACUUGAUGCGGUCUACUCAAGCUCGGGUAACGUUUGUUUCUGAAAUUAAAUCUUCCAAAGUGUGUUCCAUUGAUCUUGUUAAUAGGUUUGAUGUGUCUAAUGCUUUCGUUGUUCCUUCUAGACGUACUGCAGGUGGUCUUUGGCAAAUGUGGAACAAUGAGCUCAAAGUCACUGUUCAUGUUGCCACUUCCCACUAUAUAUUAGCUAAUGUUAUCCAUGUAGCCUCCGGGGUCAAUUUUGUUUGAUUUGUAUAUAUGGUGACCCGUAUCAUAACCAGACUGCGGUCAUAUGGGACCAAGUUGUUGCUUUUGUCUAUGAUAACCUAGGUAAACCCAUGGUUUGUAUGGGAGACUUGAACGACAUCUUGUAUAAUAUCGAUGGGUGUAAUGGUAAUAUUAACUACUUUCGUAUCCAUGCUUUCCGCUCUCUUGUCAAAAAUUGUGGUAUGUUUGAUAUUGGUUAUAGAGGUCCAGCUUACACUUGGCGUGGUAGACAUAACACUUCUAAACCCAUUCACAAACGUCUUGAUCGAUGUCUGGUUAAUUCUUAGUGGUGCUCUUUUUAUCCCAACACUAAGGUUUUAAAUCUGCCUAUCAUUCUCAGUGAUCAUGCCCCUAUUUUAAUCCCUACUAAUGGUAAUUUUGUGAGACCUAAACAAACUUCCAAAUUUGAAAACUGGUGGCUUAUGGAACAAGACUUCCACUCCUUCACUAAGAAUGUUUGGAACAAUGCUUCUCAUACUUCUUUUGCAGCAAAAUCUUCCUAUCUUGCAGGGUCUCUCAAGACUUGGUGUUAGAAUAAAAAACCACUUCAAAAUGAACUUUCGGUCUUGGAGUCAAAAAUCAAUGAACUGCAACAACUUCCUCUUCAUCAGCAAAAUCAAGAUCUCCAAUGUUCUCUUAUGGCAAGGUAUGAAUUAACGCUUUCUAAGAUAAAUCAGUAUUAUAAGAAAAGGAGUAAGAAUAAUUGGGUAUCUAAAGGUGAUCGUAAUACUAAAUUUUUUCAUCAGGCCAUUAUGCAGCGUAGGAUGAAAAAUACUAUCUGUUCAAUUAAGGAUGAACAUGACCUCAUUCACUGUAAUCCUACUGCCAUUAUGCAAACCUUUGUGAAUUACUUCCACUAUAUUUUUUCGUCCCCUGAUGAGAAUAUUCUUCCACCGUUUCCUCUUCAUCAGGGGUACAAUGAUAACAAUGACCCUACUUAUUCCAUUCCGGAUAAUGCUGAAAUCUUGCAGAUUCUUAAAGAUAUGAAGCUUAAUGCUUCUCCUGGUCCUGAUGGUUUCAAUGUUGAAUUUUAUUUAGCUACUUGGGAUUGGAUUGGGGAAGAGGUAACUCACCUUGUUACUAAUUUUUAUCAAACAACUACCCUUCCUUCUCAUAUUAAUGACACCAAUAUUUCUCUCAUUCCUAAGAAAUUGGCGCCCUUGGUUCCUACUGAUUACGGGCCUUUUAGCCUUUGUAAUGUGAUUUACACAAUCAUUGCCAAGUCUCUGGCUAAUAGACUUAAAUCUCACCUUCCUGGUUAUAUUGAUCCUGCUUAACAAGCUUUUAUUCAAGGUAGGCGUAUUAGUGAUAACAUUAUUAUUUCUCAGGAGAUUGCUCACUCUUUUUCUCUUAAAUCUUGGAAUCAUAGUGCUUUCAUGCUUAAAAUAGAUCUUGCAAAGGCUUUUGAUCGUUUGGAGUGGAACUUCAUAGUUUCUGCCUUGACACGAAAAGGGCUGCAUGGUCAUUUCAUUAAUUUGGUUCAUGCCUGUAUCUCGUCACCUACUUUCUUUGUGCUUAUUAAUGGCCAACCCUCUCAAAAAUUUAAGAGCUCCAGAGGUAUUAGACAAUGCUGCCCCAUGUCGCCUUAUUUAUUUGUUUUGGCCAUUAAUGAGCUCUCCAUUAUGAUGAAUGAAGCUUUGAGAGCCAAUCAUUUACAAGGUAUUUCACUUGGACUAAAUUGCCCUUCUAUGCAUUCUUUGCUGUUUGGAAAUGAUCUCCUUGUGUGUGGGCAUGCCACUUGUCAGGAAGCUCAGGCUAUGGCGAACCUCAUUCAUCAUUUCUGUACUAUCUCUGGUCAAACACCUAACUGGAACAAAUCUGCUAUACUUUUCAGUUCCCAUGUUCCCCAACAUGUUAUGGAUGACAUUAAAAUCAUCUUUCCAGGGGCUAGUCUUGAUGAUAGCUUCACUCACCUUGGUCAUCCUCUCAUUCUUCCUGCUAAUAAUAGAGCAGCUGCUUACAAUUUUGUCUUGGACACAUUUUUAAAUAAGUUUCCCUCUUAUAAAGCUAAUAUGCUCUCUCAUGCAGCUAGACUAGAUUUAAUUUGCUUUGUCUUUUUGGCUAUUCCUAUUUAUUAUAUGUCCUAUAUUCUAUUCUCUAAAAAAUUCAUUGCAAAACUUACUGCAGUAAUCAAGAACUUCUGGUGGACAGGUAUUAGAGAAACAGAUUCGAGGAAAAGCCUUUUCUUCAAGCUUGGAAGGACAUUUCCAAUUCCAAAACAGAAGGAGGGUUAGGUAUAAGGAACUUGUAGGAAGUCAAUGAAAGUCUCAUUUUGGCUGCAGCCUGUAGGUUAGAAAAUAAUCCAUCUUCACAUUUAUACUCUGUUCUCCGAGCGAAAUAUUUCCCUAGCACCACUAUUUGGAAGGCUACUCCCGCUCCUCCCAAAUCUGCUUUUGGGGCUUCUGUCCUAAAAAUGUUUCCCAAAAUUAAGAAUCAUGCUUUCUAUCAACUUACGCAAGGAAAUAUCACUUUAUGGAGUAUGCCUUGGUGUACCCUUUGGAAUACUAUUCAUGAUUAUGUCAUUCCUCAACUUUCAGGUUUUGUUUAUCCAUCUUUAGUUAGAGAUCUUUGGAUGACUGAUAACUAGACUUGGAAUCAUCAACUCAUGCUUCAACUUUUUCGGGAGCCCCUGUCUUAUCAUAUCAUUAAUAUUGACAUUAUUCAGGAUGACAAUGAUGAUUUGCCUUGUUGGCCUUUAGCGCCGAAUGGUAGUUGUUCUCCUAAAUCUGCUUACCAAAUUUGCUUACAAGACACUCAUGCCCAUCCUAGAACAACUCCCUCUCUAGUUUCUGCAGACUUAAAAAACUUUCUUAACCUAGUGUGGAAGCACAAAUCCUUGCUUCCUAAAAUUAAAAUGUUUGCUUGGUGUCUCCUCAGCAAGGCUCUGCCUACUGGUAUGAGAGCAGGAAGAUUCUCCAACCAUACUUCUCAAAUUUGCUCCAAAUGUACUCAACAAGAGGAUGAUUUUCAUCUCUUUUUCCUUUGUCAUUUUGCUAGAGCUGCCUGGUUUGCUCAUCCUUGGUUUAUUAGAUCUGAUGCUCUCGUUCAUAAUCAGGACUCUUUGCUUACCACCAUUACGUCUUUAAUGACUUCAUAUCACCCUCAUGCUUCGCUACAGAAUAUUUUCAAUUUCUUAUGGUCCUUAUGGAAAGCUAGGAACGAUUGUCUUUUUGAACGCAGGAAAGGGCAUCCUAAUAGGAUCCAUGUUAUGGCUGCUAGUACGGAUAGUGCAUUGCAAGCUGAGGCACUUUUGUCAUCUGAUGGGCAAAAUAGUGUUACUAACAAUCUUCAUAAUGAACAACAAAUUCCUUUGCAGGGAAAAUCCAUUCAAUCUGAUCUCAUCAUUAAGGGGCGAAGAUUUAUUUGGAUGCAGCUUUUCGAACUUAAAAAAUACCAGGUACUCUUCGAGGACAGGUUGGUACAGGUAUUGGUAUCUACUUUUAUCUUCCUAUUGAUCAUGGGGAGCUUAAUAUUCAGAUUUAGGCUUCUGCCCUUGUAACCAUUGAUCCCAUUCAGGCAGAAGCCACAGCCCUAGCUUGCGCUGCUCUGCUAGCAAAUUACUUGAAUGUGAAGCAACCUACUUUUUUAACUGACUGUCUUCCACUUGCUUCUGCUGCUGCUUCUAAGAAUAUCUCCCAUCCUGCUACGCCUUGGAAUAUCAGAAAUGACUUAUCUUCUUUUAUUAAAAAAUACACUAAUCUCAAUGCUCAGGUCUUUCAUAUUUCCAGGAAUCUAAAUGGGGUAGCUCACAACCUUGCUCAGUAGGUGUAUCAGGCAACAAAUCAACCUAUAAUGUCUUGCUCAACUCGAUCACAUGCUGCAAACUUCUGUCCAGUGGCGGCUGCUUUAGCUCAUUUCUCUGUUACAGGCUACUGUCUACCCAAGGUUACUGUUACUAAACUCGGUGGAAAAUUCAACAAAUUUGCGAUCAAUGUGCUUCUUCUUCAAAUCUUUCUUAAGGAUUGGUGACACCUUGGCACUGCUACUUACUUUCAAGAUAGAUCUCUUAAGUGCCUCUUCUAGCAUUCUUUUAGCUGCAGAUCACCUGGUUGACUUGUUUUCAACCUAUCUUUGCUAUUCCAUCCAGCUUCUUUUUCAGGCUGUAUCUCCUGCUCUGUAUUCUCUGGCCUCUGAACCUUGUAAUGACUCUUUAAGCUGUCAAUGGAAAUUGGUAACCUUCUAGGUACCUUGCUUUGUUCAAAAAAAUAAAGAAGGAAAGUUAACAGAAAA